AUGACGCUCAAUGCUGACGCCAGCAUUAAUUACAGUGCCUCCGCGGCAAAGAUACCACCUCUGUCUCCUGAGCGCAAGUGCGAUGCAAAAGGCGUUUCAGCUCAGGGGCCUGAGCUCUUCUCGCGCUCCUAUGAAUCCCUGCAACCAAAUCCCGAUACUCGACUGGGCGGCGAAAAGGUGAUGCCUGGCCGGCUAGAAAGCUUCGAAGAUCGGCACAAUAGCGACAUGAACUUCCUCGACUUCCCUCACGAACUUCGUUCAGAGAUCUUGGCUCUGGCCGUCUGUUCGCCCGUCACACCGCCAGCGAACGUUUCAGAGGGCCAGCGCGACCGCACAGACAACUAUCGCGGAAUAUGGCAGCUCCCACGGCAAACCAGCACCGCGUUGCCGCUGCUUCUCGUCAACAAGCAGAUCAAUCUCGAAGUCAAACGCAUCCUCAAAUAUGCCCCCGAGAUCUACCACGUCGACAUCAUGUAUCUCAAGGAUCGCGGACUCUGGACCACCUGGUCUAUCCCCCAGCUUCCCCGUACCCAGUACAUUGACUGCGUCUACGCCACCUUUCGGCCCUUUGAGCCUGAGGGCGAGCUCGAGCCUCGCUUCGAGAACUCUCUAGAUUUUCGGGCUGCGGAUCGCGGGCCGCCCCUCGGAGUUUGGUCCUUCCACUUCUUGUUGUCACAGCUUUUCUAUCUCGGCCCGGGCUUCGUAGGCUCUCCUCAAGAAGGAUCGGUCUGCCACUACAUCUACAAGAAGAUCGUCGUCGACGUUCAGGCCCCAACCGACGGGGUGGAGCACAAGAGCCUCAUCGUCAACAACAGAGACUACCACAAAAUGCACAGCAGCCUCGGGUACUUCGCGAACCACGACAACAGCGCCUUCCCACUGGAGGAGCGUCUGGUCAAGUUCAUGUGCGACUUCCUCAGCAUCCUCAUGGGACUGAACUACCACACCAUGAAUUACGGGGUUCAGCUUCUUGAGAACAUACAGGAGACUAUUGAGUUCCUGGUGAACGGGAAGCCAUUUCGAGUGUUUGACAUUGACGCGCGGGCGACCCAUCUGGAUGUGGGAUAUUUCGGAGUAACGCCAGCAUUGGUCGAGGAACGGAAGCUGAAAUAUAAAGUGUACAAAGCGUGGAUUGAUGAAAGGAGGACACGUAUGAAAAACGGCCUUGAGCUUGAGGAUAAUCGUCCAGUGGGCGACAUCAUGUGA